CUGCUAAAAAAAAAAAAGUAAAAAAAAACAAAAAACUGUUCUACAUCUACUCAUUACAGAGAAAAGGAAACAACUUCCCUUCCAUGCGGUUUAGGUUACUGAUUAACUUGACUUUAUUCAGUGAGCAAGGUUAACUCAAGAAAUAGAAAACAGCAGACUGAUGGAGUACACAGAGGAAUAUCUGUAUAAUUAUACAGGGUGUUUUUUUGGACCAUACUAUGAUGGAUUCAUGGUGGAAGACAAACCCAUUGAAUUUCCCAUAAUCCUCAGCAUUGUGGUCAUCCUCAGUCUCUUUGGUAACAUUCUGGUUGUUGUGAUCAGUGUGUUCUAUAUGAGGCAUCGAUCACAGACCAUCAUCUUCAUACUCAACUUGGCUCUGUCGGAUCUGCUGUUUACUGUUGGACUGGUGCUCACGAUCUAUGAACGUAUGUGGUAUUUGCCUUUCGGAGAUGCACCAUGCAAAGUCAUAUUCUUUGUUUUGAGUGCUGGAUUUUACAGCAGCGUCGUGUUUCUGGUGCUCCUGAGCAUCCACCGCUACAUGGCCGCCAUGCAUCCUCAUGCAAGCUGGAAGAAAGGUUGUUGUUUCACACUUAUUCUUAUCUGUGCAUGGGUGGUGAGCUUCUUGGCAUCAGUGCCAGUGACAGUGCACACUGAAACCAUGUAUUAUGAAAGAGGCUGUAUGUUCAGAAGCAAAACAACAUUAGAUGCUAUUAUACACGAACACAACAUUGUUUUUGUGUGUGCCUUUUUGGUGAUGAGUUUUUGCUACAUCAGGAUUCUGCACAACAUCUUCAAGUCAACGACAAACCAGCGACACAGAACUGCUGGACUUGCCUUCAUUCUGGUAUCUGUGUUCUUUAUUUGUUGGGCUCCUUUUAACAUUAUGAUUUUUCUGUACACCCUCCCUUAUGAUCACAUUGUGCUUUCUUCUCACUUUUGGUACGCCACGUACAUCUGCCAUUUUCUGGCUUCCAGCCGUUGCUGUGUCAAUCCAGUGAUCUAUGGUCUUUUGGGUUUAAAAUUCCGGGAGACGGUGCGAGAGAUUUUGGAAAGACGAGGUGCUUUCAGUUCCUCCCAAGUCACGAUGGUAAAACUUCAUUCUGAGAGUUGCGUCAGUGUAAAUAAUCAAGUCCCAGAGCCAGAUAAACAUAGCUAUAUCAGAGACCUGUAAAUUAUGAAAUGAUGAAAAAAAAAUUCCCGCAACUUAAAAGAAGUGCCUACAGCACUAACAUCUUGUGUAGUAUUCAAUUCAGAGUGUAAGGAAACAGAAUACAGAAUACAUGUUAGUGAGUUUCAGAUUCUUUUACAAGGUUGAUUAAACCAAAUCUGACUUGGAUUAAAUAGAAUUUUACUUAUGUAUUAAUAAAUCUUGGAAAAUGUCAUGCUAGGUAUUGUACUGCAUUGCUUCUGGUCAAAUAAACAAAAAUAUUGAUGGAAUUAAAAA